ACUGUGUAGUUACUCACUGUGCAUGAACUGAGCCUUGGAGUUGGCGUGUCCCACACACUCUUCGAGUGAUUAUUUGUUUCCUCGCAUCUUUUUUAUGACUUUUGACCGAGAGUUUCGAUAACACGUCUCGGUGCCGUUCGAACCGCCAGUUUGAGUUGGAGCAGCGCCUCACCAUGAGCCUGAUGCGGACACUUUGAGGCAUGGACAGAACACGGGUCGCCAAGGUUGAAGAGGUGACCUUGUCGCGACGCGGCGAGCAGGUCGUCGGCACCCUCCAUCUGACCCCCCACCAUCUCAUCUUCUCCCACGUUCCCACGACUUCCGGUGAUGGACCACCCCCCGGGGCGGCUGCUCGACCUCGAGAGCUGUGGAUCACCUAUCCGAUCAUCUCGUUCUGUACCCUGCGACCCGCCCCUGCCGUGUCUCGCCAGCUGUCGUCGAUCCGUCUGCGUUGCCGAGACUUUACCUUUGUGUGUUUCUAUUUUGCGGACGAACACAAGGCUCGGGAGGUGUAUGAUAGCGUGAAGCAAUGGACCUGCCGGCUUGGUCGGAUUGACAAGCUCUAUGCCUUUAGCUAUCAGCCGCCGCCUCCCGAGCAGGCAUUGAAUGGGUGGGAGCUGUAUAACGCUCGCAAAGAAUGGGCUCGACUCGGUGUCGAAGGUGACGGCCAUGGAUGGCGUAUCUCGCAGAUCAAUCUGGACUAUGGAUUUUCUCCCACGUAUCCCGCCGUGCUGCCGGUCCCCUCGGCCAUUUCUGAUAAUACGUUGAACUACGCGGGAAGAUAUCGCUCUCGAGCCAGAAUACCGGUUCUCACCUAUCUCCAUCCGGUCAACAACUGUUCGAUUACUAGAAGCUCUCAGCCUCUCGUGGGAGUACGCCAGAACCGAAGUAUCCAAGACGAGAAGCUUCUGGCUGCCAUCUUCUCAACGUCACGUCCGGAGCGGCCACUAGCAAAUUUUGCUGGUUCGCAUCCUGAGCCUGACUCGUCAAGUUCCCCACAAGAGGAUCUCCCUGGGUCACGUCCUGAGCUGGAAUUAACUAAUGCCGAGGAGCUGGAAGAUGAAAUGCUAGCCUCUCUCCGUGGUGAUACAGAAGAAAACCCGCCGAUAUAUGGCGCCCAACAGCACAACCUGAUAGUAGACGCUCGACCGACGGUGAACGCUUUUGCUAUGCAGGCCGUGGGUCUCGGUUCAGAGAACAUGGAUAAUUACAAGUUCGCCACGAAAGCAUACCUGGGCAUCGACAACAUCCACGUCAUGAGAGACUCGUUGAAUAAAGUGGUUGACGCGCUUAAAGACUCGGAUGUUACGCCUCUUCGACCCAAUAGAGAGCAGCUUGCAAGAAGCAAUUGGUUGAAGCACAUCUCCGGGAUAUUGGAAGGCGCCGGCUUGAUCGCUCGCCAAGUGGGUCUUCAACAUUCCCAUGUCCUUAUACACUGCUCUGAUGGCUGGGACCGUACGAGCCAACUCAGUGCAUUGAGCCAGCUCUGUCUUGAUCCGUACUAUCGGACCCUUGAGGGUUUCAUGGUCCUGGUGGAGAAGGACUGGCUCUCGUUCGGACAUAUGUUUCGACACCGGUCUGGUCAUUUGAGUAGUGAGAAAUGGUUUCAGAUUGAGAACGAACGGAUCGGCGGAGCAGACACCAAUCGUAGUUUUGGAGAGUCCGGUGGCGCUGGCAAAGCGCUUGAGAAUGCCUUCUUGAGCGCCAAGGGCUUCUUUAAUCGUGACAAUACGAGCCGUGACUCUCUUCCCGACUCAGACGGCGAUGCGCAGAGUUACGAUUCAGACAAUUUGAACGGGAAGAAGCCCAGCUCGGCACCCAGGACCGUGGCCUCUGAGAAGGAAGUCACCAAGGUCAAAGAGACCAGUCCAGUGUUUCACCAAUUCCUCGACGCCGCCUACCAACUAUUAUACCAAUACCCAACGCGUUUCGAAUUCAACGAACGUUUUCUCAGGCGACUGCUAUACCACCUCUAUUCGUGCCAAUAUGGUACAUUUCUCUUCAACAGCGAGAAAGAGCGCAUCGAGACGAGGGCAAAAGAGCGCACACGGAGUGUGUGGGAUUAUUUCCUUGCCAGGCGUGAACAGUUCCUGAACCCCAACUACGAUUCUCUGGUUGACGACAAUAAGCGAGGUCAUGAACGUCUGAUAUUCCCUCGCACUGACGAGGUCCGAUGGUGGGCCGAGGCCUUCGGUCGUACAGAUAGCGAGAUGAAUGGACCUCGUUUAUUUGGACCGAAUGCCGCUGACAAUGUCACCGGUGGCAGGGCUCCCAUUCUCACUGGCAUCGAGACAGCCCAUCACUCCCUCGGAAGUGGCAUCUCUGGCAAAUCGAUUCCCAAUGCUGCUUCCGCAGGAAUGGCUGCCGUGACAGCUGGCCUUUCGAACCUGACCCUUCCCAAGAGUAAGGAAACUAACCAGGGGUCGGGAAGAAUGUCUGAUGUUGAGGUCGAGAUGCAGUAAUUCAUAGGCAAGAAUGAGUGUGUAUAUGUGGUAAAAUGAGUGGCGUUUACAUGAUGGCUGGGUAGAAGUGUAGGUGUUUCAAAUAUUUCAAGACUUCUUGGACCCUUAUCAUCUCUUAUUCCUGAUCUACAAAGUAGAUAUAUCCCUUGGUGUUGAGUAUCAAGAACAUCGACUCCAGAAGUACAUAACUAGUGCAGAUACAAACAUGGUU